AUGUUAUUACUUGAAAUAUUGCAUCAAUUUGACUUCGCUAACGCUAAACAUACAACUUAUCUUGAUUUCAUUAACAUUAAAUAUAAAAUGAUUUUUGAAUCUAAGCAUCCUGAGAUAAAAAUUCCUCAAACUGGAAUCUAUCAAUAUAUGACUAGUAAUCCACAACAAAUUCCAGAUGACAAGAUACGUAAGUUGGGAUUUCAACAUGGAGAUGUUUUAGCAAUAUUUUCGCCUAAUCAGUAUGAUUAUCCUAUUGUGCUCUUUGGAACAAUCGCUGCCGGUGGCAAAGUAACAACUGCUAACCCAAAAUAUAAAGCAGCUGAAUUUUUGCAUCAAUUAAGCGAUUCAGGAGCUUCGGUUCUGACCGCUCAUCCUGGAUUUCUUGAUGCUGCAAUUGAAGCUUCAAUCAAUGCAGGAAUUCCCCCACCAAUGUAUUGUUAUUCG